AUGGCUCCCCGCUCACAACUUGAGAUCCACACGGCAUCCGUCCUCCGCCUCGUGAAGGAGGAGGCCUCCUACCAUCGCGAACUCAAGGACCAGGCCGAGCGCGUGAAGAAGCUGGAGGCACAGACCGGCAACGAUGAUGAGAACCGAGAGUACACGCUGAAGCAAGAGCAACGCGCGCUGGAGGAGACGAAGAAUGUUCUGCCUGGGUUGAAGCAGAAGCUUACGGAUACCGUUGCCAAUUUGGAGGCUCUGAUCAUUGAGGAGGGCAAGAAGGGAUCCGAGAGCAAUGUCGAGCACAUCACGGCGGCCAAGGAUGCGAUUGCGCAGGCCAAGACGGCCGAGAGGGAGAUUUCGUGA